AUGUUUAGAUUAGCUCAACAGUCGCAGAUCAUCAAGGGGAGAAUAGUCUCUGCCUCCACAAGGAAUUCUAUUAACCAUUCCAUUCGUUUCAAUGGUUCUAUUUCGUUAGAGAGACAAGAAGAUUUGAAUGGCCCUAGUUCAAAAUACUUGAAUACCGGAAACUCAAAGGUCAAUGAUGCUACCGAUAGGGUAAGGCAUUUGCGAAACCAGCUGAAUGCCACCGGCGGCAACCGCUCUAGGACUGGCACUGCAAAUUCUCAUACCAAUAACCGUAAUAAUAAUAAUAAUAAUAAUAAUAAUAAUAGAAACAAAAAUUCUUCAAAGAUCAACUAUGUCAGUGUGGAUUCACCAUGGUAUAAUCAAGUGAUUGCAUUCGAUGAAUGUGUUUCCCAAACUUUGUAUAUGUCUCAGACACCAAGAAGGAAAUCCAUGAACGUUGGGACUGCUCAUCCUGAUCCAAACGCGAAUCCAUUAUUUUGGGACUCCAUUAAUAAAGCCAUGAAGUUAUACUAUGAUUUAACAAACAAUAAUGCACCUGAAAUGAAUUCUGCCAGAGUUUCAAAACUAAUACAUUUAUUACAUAAUGGUUUAAGAGCAAACAGAAAUCAAUUAACUAGAAUGAACAAAAAACCAGAUUAUGAUUCUCAAUCAUUCCAUAAAGAAAUGACAAAUUAUCUUUGCCAAUCGUUGAGAGAUAUUUCAAAAUAUAUAUUGGAAGGUAAAAGUAAAGUAAAUGAAUACGGUGCUAUGCAUUUGGUAACUGCAUUUAAAGAGUUAUUGUUAUUUGAAGAAACGGUUGAAAUUUGGAGAUCUGCACUUGAUGAAAACAAAAAUAAAGAAUUAGCAAACACAUUUUUAAACCCAAGAGUUGUUGGUGUUAUACUACCAUUAUUAUAUGACAAUGGUGUACCAUUUAAUGAAAUUCAAUCUUUAUACGAAAAAUCAUCCUCAAUUAUCAAUUUUUUUCAUCCAAAUUUAUCUGUUGGUAUGAUUAGAGCUGCAUUAUCGGCAGGUGAAAACGAGAUCGCUUUGAAACUUUUUGAAGAAUUAUGUGAAGAGUCCAGUGAAUCAAAAUAUGGUUACUUAAUAGAGACUCAUUUAUCAUUCAUUGGUGAAUGCAAAGAUCUAAAUGUAGCAUCGGCAUUUUUUUACAAGGCAUUGAAUAAUGAGAUGCCAUAUAAGAUUGAUUUGCAAGUUUCAUACGUUAAAUUAUUUUUGAAAAAUAUCUGGGAGUUAACAAAUGACUUCGAUAAAGUUUAUGAAAUUUGGUACAGAUCAGUCGUUCACUAUGGCAAGAAUAUUAACCAUGGAAUUUCAUCCUCUUUAAACGAUACUUUUUUUGAUAUCUUCUUCAAAUAUUUUGCAAACAAUAAAAUGGAAGGUUUCCAAAGAUUACAAAACGUUAUUCUAACCUAUAAUAAUAUAAAACAAAUUGAUGAACCAUUCUUUAAUAUUAUUUUAACCAAAUGUUCUAUCUGGAGAGAUAGAAGUGUUAUUGACUAUAUUGAUAAAGCUUAUGCUCUAUAUCAUAUUCCAAAAACUAUUGUUGCAUACAGAAUUUUGCUUAAAUCAAUGGGUUCCGUCGACAACACAACUAAUGAAGAAAUUUUAAAAAGAUGGACCUCAAUGAUCGAAAAAACAGAUGAAAUUGGUUCUUCUUUCAUUGCAAAUGCCGAUUGGGCAGCAUUAAGGGAUGCAACUAUCACCUGGACUCAACAGAACGUCGACAACGUUGCAGUCAAAUCAACAACAAUAAAAAACGAACAAACAAGAACAUCUACACCAGCGCAGAACAACUCAAUUUCAUCUGUAAAUAAUUCUGAAGAGUUGGACUUUUCACAUCCAGCUUUACAAGCUGCUAACGCUUCUGGUGCGUUUGAUGAAUUUCAUAAUGAUGAUGUUCAAGUUCCAACUAAACUUACUUCUGAAGGUUUUCAAUUUGAAGGUAGUAGAAUUGAAUUAUAUUUGCAAAUAGUCAAGUGCUAUUCCAUAUUCUGUCGUGACGCUAGACAAUUAUCAAGAUUAACAUCUGGUACUGCGGCACAUUAUCCUGUCCUACAAGCAUCAUUAAGCAAAUUACAAAAUUUAGAUGCUAGGGCGAUCUCUAUUCCUCAAUUAAAUCAUCUGAAAUCUAAGCAGAUAAAUUGA